GUCUUUUCUUCGUAAGCCAGGUAAUAGAAUUUUGAACUCCACCGUUUGUCUAGGAAAGAAAGAACAAAAUAAACACGAGAAAUGGAUAGAUAAAAUAUCUCUCUUAAAUUCCAACGUUCACCUUCACUCCACACUCAACUCUCACACUCUUUCCUUACUCUUCCCUUUCCAAAUCUCACACAUUUUCCAUUUUCCAUUUUCCAUUUUCGCUCUCAGUUCCAUUCGCGUGUAAAACCCUAGCACCUUCGCUUCUUCAUUCCUGCAACUCCACGUGCCAGAUCUGCAACCGUUAAGCUAUGCACACCACUGCGCAUACCGCAUAGCAUAUAGCUUCUAACAAACAUGUCCAAUUCUGAUUCUAACAACCGUAACAGCCUGGCUCCGUCGCCGCCGGAGCCAAAGCCAAUGCCGCCUUCUUCCUGGGCCAAGAAAACAGGUUUCAGGCCCAAAUUCUCCGGCGAGACCAAUGCCACCGAUUCGGGCCCGAUAACCAUCCCUACGCCCAACGGCGAUAUUGAGGCCGGUCGCGUUCGAACUCCGGCAACUGCUAACGGCGUCGCACAAGGCGACAAGCCUCCCGUUCCGGUUCCGCCUCGGCCUGCUAUGGCAAAGAAGCGGGGAGACUCCGACGGCGUGCCGAAGAAUUCAAUUCCUAGCACCAACGGACAGGCGGCGGCGGCGGCGGCGGCGGCGGCGGAACAGCCGCCGAGGAGAAACGCGAGGCACGAGGAAGUGGUGGACGGCUUGCCGGUGGAGGUCGACGAGUUCGUGUCAAGGCACGCGCAUAUGAAGUACGAGCUCAGAGAUUCACCUGGUUUAGUUCCUAUUGGCGUAUACGGUGUUCAACACUACCUUUCGAUGUUAGGUUCGUUGGUUCUGAUUCCGCUUGUGAUUGUUCCUGCCAUGGGAGGCACUCAUGAGGAAACUUCUAUGGUGGUAUCGACCGUGCUCUUUGUCUCGGGGGUGACUACUCUCUUGCAUGUUGCUUUUGGCUCCAGGUUACCCUUGAUUCAGGGCCCUUCUUUUGUCUAUCUGGCGCCAGCGCUCGCCAUAAUCAACUCCCCGGAGUUUCAAGGAUUGAAUGGAAAUAAAUUCAAGCAUAUAAUGAAGGAGCUCCAGGGGGCUAUAAUUAUUGGUUCAGCUUUUCAAGCUUUACUUGGAUAUACUGGACUUAUGUCACUGUUAGUAAGGUUGAUAAAUCCUGUAGUUGUAGCCCCAACUAUUGCUGCUGUUGGACUUUCAUUUUACAGUUAUGGUUUCCCAUUAGUUGGUACAUGUAUUGAGAUCGGUGCAGUUCAAAUAUUAGUGGCUAUUGUUUUUUCUCUUUAUCUUCGUAAGAUAUCUGUUCUUGGGCAUCGCAUAUUUCUAAUUUAUGCAGUUCCUCUGGGACUGGCAAUUACAUGGGCAUUUGCUUUCUUGCUGACUGAAGCCGGAGCUUACAGCUACAAAGGGUGCGAUAUAAAUAUACCUGCCUCAAAUAUGGUUUCAGAGCAUUGCAGAAAACAUUUUUCAAGGAUGAGGCGUUGUCGGGUUGAUACAUCUCAAGCACUGUUAUCCUCUCCAUGGUUUAGGUUUCCUUAUCCAUUACAAUGGGGUACCCCUGUCUUCCAUUGGAAAAUGGCUCUUGUAAUGUGUGUGGUUUCCUUAAUCUCAUCAGUAGAUUCGGUUGGCACAUACCAUGCAUCUUCGUUAUUGGUUGCAUCCAGACCACCGACUACAGGAGUUCUUAGUCGAGGAAUUGGCGUUGAAGGUCUUUCUAGUGUCUUGGCUGGUCUGUGGGGAACUGGAACCGGAUCUAUAACUUUAACUGAAAAUGUUCACACAAUUGCUGUGACUAAAAUGGGAAGCCGCCGGGCAGUUCAACUGGGUGCAUGCUUUCUGAUAGUGUUGUCUCUUGUGGGUAAGGUUGGAGGAUUCAUUGCUUCAAUACCUGAAGUUAUGGUUGCGGGUCUCCUCUGCUUUAUGUGGGCAAUGCUCACUGCAUUAGGCUUGUCAAAUCUACGCUACAGUGAGGCUGGAAGCUCUCGCAAUAUCAUCAUAGUUGGGCUAUCACUGUUUUUCUCGCUUUCAAUACCUGCUUACUUUCAACAAUACGGCAUCUCUCCAAAUUCCAACCUGUCUGUACCAAAUUACUUUCAGCCCUACAUUGUGGCUUCUCACGGUCCUAUCCACAGCAAAUAUGGAGGGUUGAACUAUGUGUUGAACACGCUUUUUUCGCUACACAUGGUGAUAGCCUUUCUUGUGGCUGUUAUUCUGGAUAAUACCGUACCUGGCAGUAAGAUGGAACGUGGGGUAUAUGUUUGGUCCGAAGCUGAGAUUGCUAGAAGAGAACCUGCUGUUGCUAAUGACUAUGAGUUGCCUUUCAGAAUUGGUCGGAUUUUUCGAUGGGUCAAGUGGGUUGGCCUGUAAUGUAGAACGCAUGUGUUUCUUGAGUGUACUAGUAAUUGGUAAUGCAUCUUUGUGUUGUAAGUUAUUAGAUUAAACUUGUAGCUAGUUUUUUAUUCAUUCCAAAUAUCCAGGUCUAUUUUUUCAUAGAGGCGAGAGAUUUGACAAAUCAUUUUCAAUGUAUAUAUACUUUUUUUUGUAGCUCUCUCAAGCUUCAUUUGCAAUUCCUAGUUGAGACUAACUAUAUAUAAUUAUAAUUGUCAUGAAAGGUUUGUGCUGUUGUCAAUAUCUCUAGUGUAAUAUUCAU